CUCACCACCCCUUUUCGACGGUCACCACAUCUUCUUCCCUCCUUAUAUACCCCCUCUUCUCCCCCACUCUCUCUCUCACUCCCAAACCCAAAAAACCUCUCUCUCUCUCUCUCUCUCUCUCUAUAGUUUGAGCUCUGUGAGGCUUUUUAAUUCUUCUUCACUAUGACGAAGGAUUUGGAAGUGACGGAGCGGGGUUCCUUCACGGCCAAGGACUACCACGACCCGCCGCCGGCGCCGCUGCUCGACUCGGCGGAGCUCGGGAAGUGGUCGUUCUACAGGGCCUUGAUCGCCGAGUUUGUGGCGACUCUGCUGUUCCUGUACGUCACCGUUUUGACGGUGAUCGGCUACAAGAGCCAGUCCGAUGUCAAUCACAACGGCGACGUCUGCGGUGGCGUUGGGAUUCUCGGCAUCGCCUGGGCCUUCGGUGGCAUGAUCUUCAUCCUCGUUUACUGCACUGCUGGCAUUUCCGGGGGUCACAUUAACCCGGCGGUGACAGUCGGGCUAUUGUUGGCCCGGAAAGUGUCUCUGAUCCGGGCCGUGUUGUACAUAGUGGCCCAGAGUUUGGGAGCCAUCGCCGGAGUUGGGCUGGUGAAGGCCUUCCAGAGCUCCUACUACGACAGAUACGGUGGCGGCGCCAACGAGCUCUCCGCCGGAUACAGCACCGGCGUCGGCUUGUCCGCCGAAAUCAUCGGCACCUUUGUCCUUGUCUACACCGUCUUCUCCGCUACUGACCCCAAGAGGGUUGCACGCGACUCCCAUGUUCCGGUUUUGGCCCCACUCCCAAUUGGGUUUGCUGUGUUCAUGGUUCACUUGGCCACAAUCCCAAUCACUGGCACUGGCAUCAACCCUGCUAGAAGUCUUGGAGCUGCUGUUAUCUACAACAAGGAAAAGGCUUGGGAUGACCAUUGGAUUUUCUGGGUGGGACCCUUCAUUGGUGCAGCCAUUGCAGCUUUCUACCAUCAGUUUAUCUUGAGAGCAGGAGCUGCUAAGGCUCUUGGGUCGUUCAGGAGUGGCACCCAUGUUUAAUUUCUGGGGUUGAAGAGGAAUUAAGGGAAUUCAGAAGGGCUAUGAUGAUAAUAUGAGAAAGAAUAAGCAUAUUUUCUAUUAGCAUUUUAUGUGCUUAAUUUGUGGCUUGUGCUAGUUAUUAAGGACCAAUAUGGAAUUGUAGAUACUUUCUGUUGGGGAGAAGAGGACGGAGCUUUUUUCUAUUUGUACCCUGACUGGACUAUUUUCUCUAAGUAAUACAUUUGGAUGUACUUUAUUUACUUUUAUUGUC